AUGCUUCGCGGCAAGAACAAGAACAACAGGCCGGAGAACAACGAGGACAAGGAGGCGGAUGGUAAGCAGAGGAGGCCGAAGUGCGCCCGUUGCAGGAACCACGGCCUGAUCUCGUGGCUGAGGGGCCACAAACGCGAGUGCCGUUACAGGGAAUGCCUGUGCCCCAAGUGCUCCCUGAUCGCCGAACGGCAGCGCGUCAUGGCGGCGCAAGUCGCCCUGAAGAGGCAGCAGGCGGCCGAGGACGCGAUCGCCCUUAAAAUGGCCAAGGUGGCGACCGGACAGAAGCUCGAUCGACUACCACCGGGGAAGAUCUUCGGUAUGUCCGUGACGGAGCCGAAAUCCACGGUGGAUCCGAACGACGACGACGACGCGAUUCCCGACAAGACAAAGAAACACGACUUUGGGAUUCUGGUGGACUCGAAGGAUCUGCCGUCCGCUGUCGACGGCGCGUUACCGGCGGCUCGUCUUCAAAACUGUUCUGUACGUACACUCGGAGGACGAGGUAAGGUCGAACGAGGACCUCGUCGAGCAGACGAUGCGGCGAUCUUCUCAAAAUUUAGAUCGACAAUUGCUACGCUCAAAAAAAAACGGUUUCGCAGUAAUAGCAAAAUUUAUCUGGAUACGAGGAAUUACGGAUACAACAAAAUAGCGAUACGACAUUUCCCUGUGUGUUCGUAUCUGGCUGAUUUUUCUCGUCGGCCUGUAGAACCGAUUUUUUUCAAGAGUGACGUUAGUCGCAUCAGAGCGUGUAUCGGAGAGAAGAAUAUCGUAAGAAAUACACGUGGUUCAUCCUGGUCGUCCUUUCACCGCGAUUUCACCGUCCAGGAUAGCUCGGAGGCCCGUUCGAGAGCCAGAAGCCUGCUCUUCGAGGCCGGCAAGCUGGAUGGUCCCAAGGAGGCCGCCCCGGUGUCGCAGACCUCGGUGGAGACCCUGGCGCGCCUCUUCCCGAACACCAAACUGUCAGUGCUGCAGCUGGUGCUGCAACGUUGCGGGCAGGACCUGCUGAAGGCGAUCGAAUAUUUCGCGAGCGACAGCCUCGGCAUCGAGCCGUCGGGCGGCCGCACCUCGGCCUUCCGGCCGCCCCGACCCCCGCAGACGAUCGUCGACAACGUCGCCGGUGGUGAACAGCAGCCGGUUGCUGGCGCGAUGCUGGCGCCGAUCUACACCAGCCUGUCCAGAAACGUCUACGGGGACGCCGGCUACUGCCUGCUGAACAUCGUGCCCGAGCCGUUCGCCAACGUCGUCGCGGCCGAUACCACCGGCACAGGCCUGCCGAAGACCGCGUCCGACCAGGAGACACUCGCGCUCACCAACUUCCGCUACGGCAAUUACCUCAGCCCCGGCGUGCAGCAGCAGCUGCGGGAGCACGUGUGCGCCCAGGUGGCCGAUCGCCUCUCAGCCAGGACCGGCAUACUGCAUCAUCUACCGCCCGUCUUACCGGGCAUCCCCUGCGUGCAGCCCAAUUGCGCGCAGUGCAACUACAAGUUCGCGUGAACCUGGACCGAUAAUUCCCCCCGGAUGCUUACGUCAGGAAUGACCGGAAUUUUUCGCACCUCUGUACACCCGAUAUUAAUAUACUUACAGUCUUCUUGAGGGGAAAAGAAGCUCUUUCGUGCCGAAAGCCGCGUUACGACCGAAAGAAAAAACGUAUUUUCGCGCUGCGAUAACUCUCUCUCUCUCUCUCUCUCUUUCAUUUGGGGAAACGACGUAAAUGGCGAACAAGAAAGACUUCCGUCAAACUCAAAUUAAUUAAACUGAUUGAUGAACGGUGAUAAGAAUUACCAACACCAACUUUCAGUUUUGAGACUUGUCGUUCGACAAUAUAUAUGUAUACGAUGAGUCAAAGUGUAACAAACAUAUAUCUCAGAAACAGAGCAUUUUACAGAAUAAUGUUUCAAAUAAAAGUUGUACGGUUUCAAGGAGGACAUAAGAGGGUGGGAACGAUUUGACUUUGGAUUAUUGUUUGAAGGUCACCUUAAACUUUUUUUAAUGGAACUCCUUACUUUCUAUUGCGUAUUUUUGUAGCUUACCUCGAGUGCUUUUCAAAACACUAGAAUAAAAUAUUUUUGCAUUAACUGCUUUUCGAGUUGUAAGGCUUGAAAGUGCUUGCAGUACCGCCGGCAUUAACA